CGUAAGCUUCGAUCCAAUGACCAUCUCAAAAAAGAACCGAACCAGCUUCUUUUCAACUUCGAAAACUUGAGCCGUUUGUUAUACAGAAACGAUCCAAUCAGCGUGCUGUCUGAAACUGACUAUGGCAAGCUCUUUGUGUCCGGGGCUGAUCCUGGCCUACCUCUACCUCUGGCAAUCUCCAAGAAGUCAGAUGUUCAGAUCAGAUCAGAAUUGCUUCCACGGAGUAAGAAGAACAUAGCCGAUCCACUUCCAGACAAGUGCUAUGAUGUCUUCCAUCGUAAGAUGAAAAAGGAGGAGAAGGUCAUGACCAAUGAGGACAGAUUGCGCAUAUUGUCAGAAGUAGAUAAUUUACAAACUCAAUUAGCUCUUUUGAACCAAUACGACUGGAUACGACAUCUUCCUGGAAUUGCGUUCAUCAAUGAUCCCCGUGACUACGAGGAACUCGAGCAGAAAAAGUUGCUCACGAUUCUGGAAAUCGAGAGACUUAUCCGAAAACAUGAGAACUGGAGAAGAAGACUCGAUGCAAUCACCGCUGCUAUUAAGGAAUUUGAAAUCUACGGCGACGACGAAAAGGAAACUGAUGAAUACGACGUUCCUAUCGAUGUCUUGAAAGAAAGAAGGCAGGCAGAAAGAAGACGGCUAUAUGGACCUCGGAUCAAAUUGCGCCUCAACAAUCUCUAUUCAUUAAUAAUUGAUCCAAUUCUCCCACCUAAAAUCGUUCACACAAGCGAAUUAACAAAA